AUGACUGAAUGGGGAUUCGCCCAGUUACUUUCUCACGAUAUUCUCAAUGAAUCAUCAAAUGGUUAUCUUGUUGAUGACACGUGUGUCUUUGGGGUGGAAGUUUUUGUCAUUAAAGGUACUUGUAGAGGGGAGAAUUUGUCGAUGGUAAAUCAACCUCAGCCUAAUUAUUUCACUUGGAGGAUUGACGACUAUUCGGCCUUGAAAGAUGAAGUUUAUUUAUCUGAGCAAUUCAUUGUGGAAGGGCGAAGAUGGUUACAACCUUUAUCAUUAUAUUUUGAAUAUGGGAAGUUGAGGCUCGAGCCGGAGGGAGGAGGAGCAGGAGCCAACAAAUACUUGUCUAUCUAUCUCUGUUUAGAUGAUGAUUUAGAAAGUCUUCCUCCCAACAGAAAGUUGUACUCAAAAUACAAGGUGCGAAUAAGGAACCAAAUCAAUAACAAUCAUCUUGAAAAGACAGCUGAGUACUGGUUCUCUGACUCCGUGACUUACGGUUUUCCCAAGUUUUUGUCAAAGAUAGAUCUCCAAGAUACAUCACAGGACUACUUGAUUGAUGAUGGUUUGUUCAUUGAAUACAAAAUUGAUGUCAAAUCUGUGGUUAAGGAUUUCUCCUCAAAUUAA